ACAGCGAGGGAAACUGAAUAGAUCAACAAAAGCAUUCUUCUUCAUAAUUUAUCUCUCAACUCUUCAACGAAGAAGGAAAAAAGGAAAUGGGCUCUGAGACUGCUCUCAAGCUUCCAAUCAUAGAUUUCUCAAAUCUAGGCCAAAAUCCAGGCGCUGCGGAGUGGGACUUGGUGAAAUUGCAAGUUCGUAAAGCGCUUGAAGAGUAUGGUUGCUUCGAGGCCUUAUUUGACAAAAUUCCUGCUGAGAGUCGAAAGGCUAUAUUUGGUGCAGUUGAAGAGCUCUUUGAUCUCCCUUUGCAAACCAAAAUGCGCAAUGCUUCUAGGAAACCUUACCAUGGCUAUGUUGGACAGUACCCUCAGGUGCCACUAUUUGAGAGCAUGGGUAUUGAUGAUGCCAACAUAGCUGAAGAAGUUGAGAGAACGACCGCCAUCUUGUGGCCGCAAGGGAAUCAAAGUUUUAGCAAUACUGUUCUGUCCUUCUCGAAGCAAGUGUCGGAAUUAGAUCAAAUAGUUCGAAGGAUGAUUGUCGAGAGUCUGGGACUCGAGAAAUACUUGGACGAACACAUGAACUCUACCAACUACCUUCUCAGGGUCAUGAAAUAUAAAGUGCCCCAGACAACUGAGACAAAACUUGGGUUAUCUUCUCACACUGAUAAGAACAUGGUGACCAUUUUAUGCCAAAAUCAAGUUGAUGGGCUAGAAUUACAAACCAAAGAUGGUUGCUGGACCGAUCUCAAACCCAAUCCAGACUCUUUCAUUGUCAUGAUUGGAGAUUCUCUUUAUGCUUGGGCAAACGGUCGACUGCAUUCUCCAUAUCAUCGAGUUAUGAUGAGAGGCAAUGAGGUAAGGUAUUCUCUUGGAUUGUUUGCAGUCCCCAAAGCAGGCUAUAUAGUAAAAGCCCCAGAAGAGUUGAUUGACGAGGAGCAUCCCUUGCUUUUUAAACCCUUUGAUCACUUCGAGUUCCUUGGAUAUUACUACACAGAAGCUGGUCAGACAGAUCAAUCUGCGUUAAAGACUUAUUGUGGUGUUUAAAUUAUACUGCGGUGUUUGCAUUGUAAUGUUCCUACGCUAGCAACUUGUAUCACUUUAUCUUAAUUUGCUGUGUUUUUUUAAA